CCUGUGUUUAGGACAUGGACCACGGUCAUUUCUUACAGUUUAUUUACCGAACAACAGUGAACAUGACUUCAGUGAUCCUGAUCAUGGGAAGGCAGGAUGGAGGCUCUACAUGAGAGACGGACAUGGUGGAAUUAUCUGUGUAUAAAAUAUGGAAGAAGAUGCAGAAGGACUAGACCGUUUAAUUAAGCAGAAAAAAUGUCGACCAAAAUAUGCUCGUAUCAUUUCAAUGGAGUUCAGUAAGAAUGAACUCCAUCAAACUUCUGAUUCGAGAAAGAAACAUAGAACUGGAGCUCAUUCAAACCAGAUGGAAGUGAAUCCUGAUGAAGAUUCAGAUGGUAGUGAAUAUUAUUCAGCAGAAGAAGAGUUCUUGUUUACAUCGUCCUCGUCCAGUAUCUCUACAGAUGAUGAAUCAGUGGAGACCGGCCCUUUAGAUCAAAGUAGUGAUUCUGUUUUUGACUCAUUACAAUCAAGUUGUAGUUCAAACUUUUCUCAAGCAGAUACUCCACAUUUAUCAUCUCAAAUAAAAACAACUCAAGAAAGACAAAGAGCUCCAAGCAAGAAACAAAAACGAAAGAGAAAAAAAUCUGGAAAUGUCACUGGUUUUGGUUAUUUACCUUUUUGUAAUAUUGAAAGCUUUGACAUAGAACUAAGUGAGUUAAGAGAGGAAAUAGUUGACCUUGAAACAAAUAUUCAAAAAGCAGUUCCUUCACUUGUAGAACUUUCUAUAUCAGCUUCAAAACGCCUGGCAAAAACACAUUCUUUCAUAAACGUACCAAAGUCAAUAAAGAGAAUAUUACAAAUUGGCAACUCUUCUCAUUCCUUUCGGCAGCUUCAGUUAGAUUAUUUAUUUAAUGUAUUAGAAGUAUCACAUAUCAAUCAAGACUAUGAUAAAGAAACGUCUGUAAACCUAUUGCCACAUCGUAACAUUUGGUGUAGUGGCUGUGGUAUCGAUGAUUCUCUUUUCAAUGAUAUUGUUCAAGGCAGUAAAUCUUCAUCAUACUUCCUGUGUUGCUAUGACUACCAAAGCUGGAUUUCAGUGAGCAGGGUUCAUCUAAAUCGAUAUAAUCGAUUGAAACAGAUUUCAGCAUUGGCCCAUACCAUUGAUCUGAUGUUACCAGCCAGAUUAGCAGGGAGUAAACAAAUAAAGAGACGUCACAAAUCAGACACAAACUGUCAGUCUGCUGAAAUGGAGCAAAAUAUGAAAAGAAUCCAGCAGUAUAUCAGGAACAAAUGUACAAGUUCAAGGGAUUCAAAAGAAUAUGACAUUUUAUUUGAUGACAGAGUUUUUGACCUAGUUUUUCCUUAUGUGCUGUGGGCAAGAGGUGAUCUUAAGCAGGCCUCCCAAGCCUUCCUAAAAUUAGUUGAUAGUGAGUCUAAAGUGAGGGUGAAAGCUAUGUAUCUAUAUGAUGCAGGAAGGAUGUCUUUACAGUUCGGAGACAGUGAUUCUGCUGUAAGAUAUUUCCAUUUAGCCAAAGAUGCCUUAGCAACAAAACAAAAACACAACAAAGAAGAUUUGGUGGCUGAAAUUGACAGACAAACUAGGAUGCUAUGUGCUGCGUCUAAUGAUGUAGGGUUAUUGAGUUACCAGAAAGCAGAUCGAUCAUUGGCAGCUUGGAUGUCAGCAAUUUCUGUUAAAUUACCAGAUUCUAUAGAGUGUGCUGGACCCCUGUCUGCUUUUGAUGCAUUCUUGUGUUAUUUUGGAAGUUAUUGGCAUGAGAAGACUGGUUCCCUGUAUGAUGAGGCUAUUAAACGUUUACAGACUCUGGCAGAGAAAGAAAAAUAUCUGUACUAUUAUCUAUCCAUGGUUUAUGCAUUACAGGGUAAAACGGAUGAGUCAUUUAAAAUGUAUCGAAGAUUUACUGCUAAUGUAUUAUCGAAGACUCCACACGCAGGAUUAACCAGUUUUAGACAAAACAUUAAAAAACCAUGGCAACCACUGAUAGAUAAGGUCAUAGACCAGGGUUCACCACCUACACCAAUGAAGGUCGUCUGGAGGACACAGCUGUUACCACCUAAAUUUUCUGAUCCCCACAAGGAGCAUGGACAUAUGUAUGAUAAAUAUCCACAUGAAGCUGAUAGAAGAAGCAGUGACCUGAACUUACGGAUCAGUGUAGAUGGUUAUUUGACAGGUGAUUUACAGAUGGUGCUGCCACCUAUGAGGGGAAUUUAUCUUGAUUUGUAUACAGGAAAUAUACAUCUGACUAAAAUUCCAUCCUCAACAGAAGCUUGGAGAGGAUACCAGACGUUUGAUAUGUGUUAUAAUGAUACUCGGUUAAUACAAGGUACAACAUCAAUCGUACCAACCAUGACUGAAGUCUACAGAGGGCCUUUUGGUGAAAUUGUUCACCUGAUUCAUACCAACAUGUAUGGAUGUGUGGGAACGAUACCAGAUGAUUUUACCAGUAACCCAAACCUUUGUCAUCUGAUGUGGACAGGAGCAGAUGGACAAAAAACUAAAAUCAAUGUUUACCAUCGACUUAGGUGGUUUCGAUGUGAGAAUAUACAAUCCAAGAUAAAAGAGUUCACCAGUAUGAAUAAGGAGCAGAAAGCUGAGAUACUGAGAGCAAUGGAAAAAUUUAUCAACAAAGGAUGGUCGUUUGAUGCACCAUCUUUUCAUCCUCUGACUGGUGACCUAACAUCUUCUGGUGACCUAGAGCAGUAUAUUAAAUGUAACCUCCAGAAAAAGCAAAAGAACAAAAAGCAGAAUGAUAAAAAAGGCAGGAAGAAACAAGUAAAGACAGUUAACAAACCUCAGCGAUCAUUUGAUGUGUUCUCUGUCAUUGAUGUCUGUGUAUUUGAUAGAGGACUUGUGUUAGCUUUGAGUUAUGACGAUCAACAUCUACUCAUGAUAUUAAAUACAACAACAAGAGAGUUGUUUAUGAAACCAUCCUUUGUACAUCUGACCUAUAAAUUUGUACAUUUUGCCAAACAAACACCAAUGAUGAUGAAGAGAUCAGAUUGUUUCUGUAUCUAUAGUGCCAACAGUGCUGGGUCUACAGAUGGGGAUUUCCUGACAUAUGACAGACACGGUGAAAUGAUAAAUGAUCGGUUACGUACUAAACUUCUUACUGAUAUCCUUCAGAUGGACCCUAUAACUCACGAGAGUAAAGUGUAUAGUCUGACCAUGAGUAAUAUGUUGUUAAGUUCUUGCAAUGGUGUCCGAAAUGAAGCAGAUUACUUAGGAGAAAUGUUCAGCAUGGGAUCUGUGGCAGAUAUAUUGGUUCUCCUUACAACCUCAGGAGAGGUUAAAUUUGUUGAUCUUCCCUCGUUACUACCAUUAAGUCCUAUACUGAACAAGCCUCUUGAUAGUAACUUUUGGGAGAAAGACGACUUAAAAGUUAAAGACAAAAUAAAAUUCACAACAUUCAAAGUUGUUGGGGAAGCGAGUUUCACUGAUGACAUUGGCAAGACAUUUACGAGAGCUGCCAUUGCUGUGGAUAAUCUUCUGCUUAUUUUAAUGAUUCACAGGGAGACAAUAGAUUCUGAUGCAGUAGUCACUAUAACACAGUCAAUAACACUGGCAGGAUUUCCUAAAGAAAUACACUUUGUCAAUGAAACAGUUGGAUUUUUACUGACAGUAACCCAACACUUUCAAACAAACCACAAUUACAGAGAAAACUUGUAUCACUACCUCCAUGAUGGUCAGCUUAAACAGGUUCUCCUGUGUUUAGGACAUGGACCACGGUCAUUUCUUACAGUUUAUUUACCUGACAACAGUGGACAUGACUUCAGUGAUUCUGAUCAUGGGAAGGCAGGAAUGAGGCUCUACAUGAGAGACGGACAUGGUGGAAUUAUCUGUGUAAUAUUACAAUGACUUUAUGAUAUGUAUUGGUAUAAUAGCUUAUUGAGAUUGUACAGGACAUAUCCAUCCUUAAUUUUAAUUUUUAAUAAAAACAGUUAACAGCAAUUACACAAUCAUCAAAUCUCAUUCUUCAGAGGAGGAUGUGACGCUUAUUAUUACAAAUGUGACGCUUAUUACAAAUGUGACUUUUUUGAGAUAUUAAGCAGAAGUCCAGGUUUUUGGAGCUUACUCCUUUCAUCAGUGAUGUGUUUGUGAUAAUCAGUUUCAUCAAUGCUCUUUAAGCACUCAUGUGAAAUAGAAUUAAAUAUUUUGUGUUGCUUAGAAGCUUAUAAUAUACUUCUGUAAAUGAUUGAGAUAAAGAACCUGUGAUUUGUAAAAGUUAUGUCCCUUAAGCGUUAAGCUAGGUUUACAAUGAAAUGGCACUGCAGCAAGAAGGAGAAGAAAAACUUUUGGGUUCACAUUAGUUUCAAACUUUAGAACCAGAUGGUUUGAAUAAAAAACAUGAAAAAGGUACCACAAGGUUAAAGAUAAAGUUCAUUUCCUGACAUCAUCCUUAAUAUCCUUGUAAUAUUGGCCAAUGAAUUUUGCAAACUAACCUUACUACAACAAUGGAUUUCAUAUGUCAAUCUAAAAAACUUGACUUCAUACAAUAUUUUUAUGCAGCAAAAUUAGAUCUGAUUGAUCAAUCUGUACAAUGGGCUGCAAAAGCUUCUUAUCUGCAUCCAAAUUUUACCUGGAUAGAUGCAAACCCAAUGAAGCUAAGUUUGGCUAGCAAAAUAUUGUGUUUACUAUUUAUAGCAUUGUAAAUAUUUAUACUAAAAAGUGUUAAAAGAACACUGUAAGCAAAUCUAUAAAUAAAUAUGUACCUAUA